GCUAAAAAGAAAAAUACCAUCACGAAUGUUAAAAGAGUUAUAGUAAUUGAUAUAUAUUUGUUUGUAGUGUUCCAGUCAGUGGCUUACUCUGUAAUGGCCUACAUGGAGAUGAUUGGCAACUGUUCGCACGCUCAUGAACAAGAGGCAAUGAGACACUCGGUACACAUGGUGCAAGGACAAUGGACGAGUCCGUCAACUGGAGGCCUAUCCUCGACCCAGUCGUGCACUUUUAGCCAAAGUUCUUUCAGUUCGAGCGAAUUUUCGAACAAACAAACGAUGGCAUUGCAGCCUCUAAAUAAUAUAAAUAGUAAUAAUAGUAAAUCUCCAAUUCUAAAUUCAUCCAUGAGUAAUGGUGUUCCACCUGCGUUACCACCAAAGCGCACACGCACAAAGUUCAACAGCGCUUCGGAAACACCAACGUCACCUACAGUGGUCUUGCCCGAAGAGAACAAAUCGCUGCCUAAUCUCCUUGAACACACUCCACUCACUACGACAACGGUUACAGUAACCAAUGGAGGUUCUAAUUCACAACCCACCUUGACUGAGAGCAAGAACAGCAAGCCGACAACGAACGUCGAGGAAGAGGAAGAUUUAAUGGAAGCGUUAGAUGUGAGCAAAUAUUUGAUACUGAAGAAACCUGAAGAAGAUGGACCGGAUAUAAGAGGGGGCCGUAUAGAAGCACUGAUUAUAAUGGCAACGAAAGCAACGAAAAACGGAGUCUUUACAUAUCAAGAGGCAUUCCUAACAACGUACCGUACUUUUAUCACCCCCUAUGAUCUUAUCACGAAAUUAAUACUUCGGUACAAUUAUUUCUAUUGUAUUCCUGACCGCAAACCUAGAUCAAGGGAGGCGUUUGCCCUCAUAGUUAGAGUUGUCAGCGAUCUCACGCCCAACGAUUUGAAUAAAAGUUUGCAACAAAAAUUGAUGGAUUUUGUGCAGGAGUUAAUCAACUGCGGAGAAUUAACAUUGGCGAAAGCUCUUCGUGUAAAGCAUUUAGAAAAAUACGAGGCAAAAAUGAGACUGACAUCGGUGAUCAAUUAUCCUUUGAGUGUAACUCUGUGCUCCAGAUCGUACACCUUGAACAGCUUCAAGGCGGAACACAUUGCUGAACAGAUGACGCUACUAGACGCAGAGCUGUUUAUGAAGAUCGAAAUACCGGAGGUGUUGAUAUGGGCGCAGGAACAGAAUGAGGAGCGAAGUCCCAAUUUAACCAGGUUCACUGAACAUUUCAACAAAAUGUCAUAUUGGGCCCGAACAAAGAUACUCAGUGCAGAUUCGAAGGAUCGGGAGAAGUAUUUUACAAAAUUCAUUAAAAUAAUGAAGCAUUUACGAAAAAUAAACAAUUAUAAUUCGUACUUGGCAAUCCUUUCGGCACUGGAUUCGGCUCCUGUAAGAAGAUUGGAAUGGCAGAAGCAUAUACAGGAAGGUCUCAAAGAAUAUUGCGCCCUCAUUGAUAGUUCUUCCAGCUUUAGGGCGUAUCGUCAAGCGUUGGCUGAAACUCAACCACCUUGCAUCCCAUAUAUAGGUCUUGUUUUACAAGAUUUAACAUUUGUACAUACGGGCAACUGUGACCUGUUGCCUGAUGGUUCGAUUAAUUUUUCUAAAAGAUGGCAGCAAUUCGGUAUUGUAGAGAAUAUGAAGAGGUUCAAAAAGUGCACGUACAACUUUAAGAAAAACGAAAGGAUUAUCGACUUCUUCCACAAUUUCGACGAUUUCAUUGGCGAAGACGCCAUGUGGCAGUUGUCGGAGAUGAUAAAGCCUAGAAAAGGCAAAAAAAAUCCGUGAUGAUUCGGAUGAAGAUUUGCUAUUC